AUGUUCGAGACGGAGCUGGUGGAGCUGCGAGGGACGUCUUUGAAAGAGCGAUCCCGAUUGUCGCAGCACUUGGCUGACAUGGAGAAGACGACGCAUGACAAGUUGGAAGAUCUACGAGAGGAAGAGAUUGCCAACACGUCCUCCUCGACACCCUGCAGUUGCGAGACGGCGACGUCGUGGUUCAAGAUCUUCAUGAAGGAGAAGGGAUUCCAGGAGUCGUGUGCGGACUGUUCGGCACAGCCACUCAGUGAAGAGUUUGGCAGGUGUCUGGCCGCCCGUGAAGGCGCCUCCAGUGCGUCUUCCUCCAAGGGCAAGGAAUCCAUCUGGUGGCACUGGGGACCGCGCUUCGUGGAGUUGGCGUAG